AUGCCAGCCACAUCCAAUCGAGAUGCCCAAAUCACCUCCAGAUUUCACUAUCAUGCGCAAACCCAUUCGAUAAUCUGCGGUGCGUGUCGUUAUAUUGUUUUUGAUUCAUCCAUACAACGACAUCUUGGCCAUCAAGACACCACCCUGCGUGACUCCAUUACCCCACAGGCCUUGCUGUCAUAUUUCAAGAAGAACUUUCCCCACCACGUACGUAACUUUGACGAGCUUGUGAUCCCCACAACGAUCAUACCCGCCAUUCCAGUGCUCCCUAUAGAGGAAAACACGCUGCAGUGCAAUAUUUGCGGCCACAUUCGCAAAUUAACCGACAUGCGGAAGCAUUUUAACGAAGCACAUUAUGGGAAACUCCUAACCGCCCGUGAAUCUAAUGAGCUGCCCUGGACCAAAGUCCAUUGCCAGAGGUUCACUGCAGGAGGGAUGGGGGCUACAUGGUUUGCAGUGCAGCUCCCGUCAGCAUUGUCCUCUUCUGUGGCCAUUUUACCUCCCAAAUUGUCUCCCACGUCUCCCUUCGCCUCAAAUGUCGUGUCAUCUGUCGCCUCAUGCCCCCCGGCAAAGUCUGCACCAGCUCCCAACUCAACUUCUAUCUAUGAGGCUGAUACCGAGGCUGUCUCGGGUGCUGUUAUGGAAGCCCACUACAAGGCCAUCCCACCCGCUUCUUUUUCCACGCAGAAUCUACCCCCAAUUGGCUCUACACGCGCAUCCAGGCGAGAGCCCCGUGAACCAGCCAUUGCGCAGAUCCAACUACUUUCUGAGGCACUACAAAACUGGGAUAAAGAAUGUCCACUGUGUCGCGUGUAUAGGCUUCCUGCAGCAGAACGAGACCACUCGUUCUUAUGCUGCCCCCACACAAGAGCUAAAACAGUUCAGAGGAAGUACCAUCGGGUCUAUGGUGUCAUCCAAGAGAAUGCGACGAACCUAGAUCCAUACUGUCUAAUGUGUCUUCUUCCCCCAUCACUGUGUGGUCGAUACCAUGAAGGCGAGGAAUCCGAGGAAUCCGAGAAUCAAUGGAAGCUGGCACUUCUUCAUGACCCUCCCAGAGGCUGCAAAUUCGCAAACUUGGUUGUGGGUACGGUGUUCUCGAUGUAUUGUUUCAAUCCUCGUAUUGCUCCGGAUCAUACCUUACCGUGGAUGAGACGCGAUGGUGUUGAUGUGAGGGAUGACGAGGCGGGCUUUGGAUGGCUGGCUAGUGAGAAAGAUGUUGACGGUCUUCGUUUGCCAACCAUCACUCACGUGUUCUGUCAGUUCUAUCGACUUUAUGCUACAGCCUAG